AGCUCGUGUGCCAGGCGAGUGCUGACCGAGCUCUCACUCUGCGCAUAGUCAUCCUCUCCACUGCUUCCUUCUGCUGCAAGUCGCGCCCGCUGUCUGAUAGUCGCUCCUUCUCGCGCUCAUCUCCGCAUCGUCUGGGGACCGGGCAGCAACGGUCCAGUGCAUGUCGAAGAGUUGAUUACAGCUGAGAGCUUGCACCGAAACCUUAACACGCGCAACUCCACCCGCGUCCGCCGCCUCGUCCUCAUCCAUCGGCCUUGACAUUUUGCGAGUUCGUGCCCAUAUCUCCAACGAGAGCGCCGACGAGAAUCUACGUGCAUUGGCGAAGAUCAGGUUGACUGGAGCUCGACGGGUCAACGAACAGAUGUGCAGCGGCGGCGACAGCAUGAAGUGAGACAGGGUCACAGAUUCAUUCGGAGUAGGCGAUGAGAGCGGCUGGUUGCUAUUAGGCAAGUACGUGAGCAGACGAGCGAAUAUGGAGCGCGAGACCGACCACGACACCACUGUGGCUCCAUUCAAACGCUUCUACGAGCGCCUACGCGAGGAUGUUCCGGGCUACGAGUUCAACGAUCGCAUGCCGCCCUUUCACUCGAGCUACGACGACUGGCAUUUCUUUGGUCGCAAGAAACCGUCCAAGGCGGCAAGUGCUGCGCGCAAGACGAGCACCUCCUCGAAUCCGGGCUCUCGUCCCUCAUCGAUUCGGACCCGAUCCGACUAUGAUGCCAACACUCCAGAUGAAGAGAAGGAGAAGGAUAUAUGGGUGGUCGGACGAUUGUCAAGACAGAUCUUGCGGCUUGAGCGUGAGACCAAGCUGUGCCAGACGCUCUUCAAUUCGUCCGACAGUCACAGACAUUUCGUUCGGCCCCUCGACUUCUUCCGUCUGCCUGCGCGGCAGUCGGGGGAGGUACCUCUGGCUAUUACCAUCGUAGAAGCGCCAGGAAGGAACUACUUAGAGGAGCUGGUCUCGUUUGGCGCUAAUUUCUACUCCGGGACGCCAGACUCACCUCAAAUCCAGCGCCAUGAUCAAGUCGCGCUGCUCACCUUCUUGGAUGUCGCGAUAGGUGCCAGCGAGUGCCUCGAGAUUCUGCACCACGAGCAUGAUAUCGUACACGGAGAAAUCAGAGGCGAUGCCUUCCACUUCAAUCAGGAAUCUGGAAUCGUGCGCAUGAUCAACUUUGGCUCUGGGGUUCGGAGCUUCGAGCACGGCUUGACCUCUGCUAAUUGGACCACUUUGAUGGCCCAGCGUGGCGUGGAGCACCGUUUGCAAUUCAUCGCCCCCGAGCAGACUGGUCGACUCCCUGCCGAGCCCGAUGCGCGAACCGACAUCUAUUCACUUGGUAUACUUUUCUGGACCAUGUUGACUGGGCAGCCGCCGUUUGAGGGACGAUCGCCUUUGGACAUCAUGCAGAACGUGCUUUCCCGACGCAUACCUCUGGCCUCGUCGAUAAGGUCGGAUGUGCCAGACGUGCUUUCCAGACUCAUCCAGAAGAUGACCGCACGCAACAUGGAUGACCGCUACAAUUCGACCACUGGUGUCAAGCAUGACUUGCAAAAGCUCAAACAAAUCUUGACGGAUGGCGAUCUAGACGCCCUGGCAAGCUUCAAGCUCGGCGAGAAGGAUGUGUCGUGCUUCUUCGUGCUGCCUUCAGAUCUUGUAGGCCGGGACAGCCAGCGUAACAAGAUAAUCGAAGUGAUCGAAAGGGCAGCAGCAAGAGCUGCUCGCGCCACCAUCUCUAGAAAGGGUCUGUACACAUUGAGCUCCGCCAGCUCGUCGAUCAUGUCAACUGAUCCUCAAGCGGCGAGCCUACUUGAUGAUAUCAUGAGUGAUAGCACAUCCUCAACGGAUCGUGAUCGCAGUCGCGAUGAUACGAAAUUGACGUCUAUCCCGGAGUCGACAGCGCCGGAGCACCAUCGCUUCAGCAGAGUCUCCCAGGAUCGUCUGGAGACACUUGCACGCACAGGGAGCAUGGCUUCCUCUGCCACUUCCACAAACGAAGAUGGCACCAUACAUGGACCCGAACGGAGAGACGCUUCCUUUGACAGUCUCGGGUCGGGAGCGAGAGCGACACCCGAGAGCUUGUACAGGACUGUAUCCAGCUAUCAGAUGGGCAGCAUAACUUCAGAACCAAGCACAAUGCUUCGCAACGCACAGAAACUUAAGAGGAAGGGCAGGACGGAGAUCAUCGGCAUCUGUGGUCAAGCCGGCUUUGGCAAGUCGGCACUUAUUCAGAGCAUCCAGAGCCAAAUCAGGAAGCAUGGUUAUUUCACGACAGCAAAAUUCGAUCCGGUCCGCAAGGCGCCUUUCGAUCCUGUGGUCAGAGUAAUGUCUUCAUUAUUUCGACAGAUCUUUUCAGAAAAUGACGUGAAUACAACCUUUCACGACAACAUCCGCAAUUUCACCCGACCAUACUGGGGUAUUCUACAUACCUACCUAGAACUUCCGCUUUGGCUACUGUCGCCUACAGUCAACGGAAAGAUGGCCAAUCAAGGCCCAGCCGAGCGCUCGCCCAACGGGCAGUUGGGACAGAUGCCGGAAAGGAAGAUGUGCAACGCGGCCAGUACUCAGGAGUGGUUGCGUUCUGGCGGCUCCAAUAAGUCAUCUCGAUUUAUGUCAAUCUUUCUGGACGUGCUCCGCUUGCUGGCCGUGCAGAGAUUCGUUUGUUUCUGCUUGGACGAUCUGCAAUACGCAGAUCCAGAAAGCUUGGAGCUGCUGCACAUAAUUGUGAAAAGCCACAUUCCAAUCGUGCUGAUCCUCACUUACAGAGAGGAGAAAAUUACGGAUCCUACCAUAACAAGGCUGCUCGACAGAGCGACGAAAGUGACAGUGGGCCCUUUCACUGACGACCAGGCUACCCAAUACUGUUCACAGGCACUCCACCGUCCAGCAGAGUACGUCACUCCACUCGUGGCGGUCAUACAGGAGAAAACGCAGGGCAAUCCAUUUUUCGUUCGAGAAAUGCUAGACUCUGCAUAUCGUAAGAAAUGCAUCUACUAUUGCUGGAAGUGUGGCCACUGGGAGUUCAGUCUGGACAAGCUGUUCGAGGAAUUCUCGACACCCGACAGCAACAGAUUCUCGACUAACGACUUCAUCUUGCGACGCAUGCGCGAGUUGCCUAUCGAUGCUCAAUCAGUACUGGCAUGGGCCGCCAUCGUUGGCAACAGCUUUCAAUUCAAAGUACUGCAGCGGGUCAUGAGUUGUGCGUGCUCAGAUCUUGCGCCGCAGCCUCUCAUCCCACCCAAAUCGACAGAUGCUGUGGCGGGGCUGCAGACGGCACUCUCCUCAUUCAUCGUCAUGCCGACAGAAGAUGAAGAUCGUUUCAAGUUCAGUCACGAUCGAUAUGUUGCGGCAGCUGACGCUUUGUGCGACGAUUACGUGCGCGAAGAAAUGCACUUUGUUGUCGCGUCGUCUAUGAUGAAGCACCUUCCAUAUGACCCUGUCAACCAGCCCAACAAGGUUCUGUUUGAGCAAGCACGACAUGUCUGCGAGGGCAUCAAGGCAAUCAAACGCCGAGCGCCAAAGAAGACACACUUUCGAGAGCUGCUAUACCAGGCAGCGGAGACGGCCAAGGAAUCAGGAGCGCGAAAGUCCGGGCUGUACUACUUUCAGGCAUGCCUGGAAAUGCUACCAGAGAAUCCAUGGAACGAUGAGACCGGCGACGCGACCUAUGCCGAAACACUCACACUCUUCAUUCGCGCGGCUGAGGCAUUUUGGUACAACGGCGAGUAUGAAGAUGCAACAACACUCUUGAACGCCGUCUUCUCGCAUGCACGUCACGCAACAGACAAGGCACCUGCGGCUAUCAUUCUCAGCCGCAUGUACGUUCAGAAGGGCGACAGCAAGACCGCGUUCGAAGGACUAAGACAGGCUCUUGUAGACCUUGGAUUGGCUAUAGAGGACCGGUCGCUUGAAGAAUGUGAUGAAGAGCUUCAGCGACUCCUUCCACAGCUGCAGGAGGUCAGCAUGGACUUCAGCGGCAUUGAGGCAAAAGAUAUUGACAGAGGCCUAAUGACUCUGGGUGCUCUGCUUACUGAACUCCAAUCAUCAGCAUACUGGACCGACCCUGUUUUGUUCUACAAUGCCACGCUCACCAUCAUGAAGCUGUACCUCGAACGCGGGAUGUAUCCUCAGGUGGCUUUGGGCUACGUGAAUCUCGCGGCCAUCAGUGUGUGGCGAUUCAGUAUGGUUCAACCGGCAAUGCAAUUCGCAGACCGUGCUCAUCAGAUAGUGGACCACUUCGAUCAGGAGUACUACACUAUCGGACGUGCACUCACCCUAUAUUCCACCUUCGUCGGUCAUAUCCAGUGGGGUUUCCGUGAGAACUUCCAGAUCCUGAAUCGAGGGCUGGAGGCUGCCUCGAUAGCAGGUGACAAAAUCUUGCAUCUUCUCAACAUUGGCGUUAUGGCCGCUUAUCGACUUUGGGCUUCUGAAAGCGUCUCCGAAAUCGAGGCGUACAUCGUUUCCAUCAGCGACGAGUUCCCAGAGUGGCAACAGAACCUAAGAGGCGGCGUAUUUCUGAUGGGCGUCCGACAGUAUGCUCGAGCAUUGGCGGGCAAGACAUACUACAAAUCAGCUCCCGAUGUCUUGACUGAUACCAACCAUUCCGACAUUGACUACGUUCGAUACAUCAGAGCACAUUCAUCAAACCCGGAGCGCCCACUCUCCAUCUACCUGACAUAUCAGCUCAUUGCGUUAUACCGCUUUGGCCACUACAAAGAAGCACUGGAGCUUGGCGAAAAGCUCUCGUCAAUGACGGAUGGUUUGCUAUGCAUGCGUUAUAGGUACUCGGCUAUGUUCUACCUGUCGCUGGCUCUUAUUGGUUCACUCCGCGAAAAUCCAGACCGGCCGGACAAAGCAGCAGUGCUAGCUCGCGUCGCGCACUAUCGAGCCCAAUGUGAGAUAGUGGCAAGUGCUAACGAUGCGAACUACGUAACGUAUAUCGCGCUGCUGGACGCCGAGGUUGCAGACAUCACUCACGAUUACGCCCAUGUGCUUGAGCAUUAUGAGAAAGCCGUCGAUCACGCUCUGAUCACUAACACGGCCCUUGACGAGGGUCUCGCCUUGGAGCAUUACGCAGACUGGCUGGUCCGAAUGGGUGCCGCGAGGCCUGCCCGCGGAAUCUUGCUUGACGCUAUCUCAGCUUAUCGUCGUAUUGGUGCGUAUGGCAAAGCCGACCACGUCAGGGACAAAUAUGAGUACCUCUUGUACGGCACGAAGAGCCUCUCGAACGCGGAUGCUGCAACGCAGACCGCUCAUGACGCAUCUGCUGGUGCGGCAUAUACCUACAGACUAGAGCGCAUGGCGAGCCAUGGGGCAGCUCCCACCUCGGCUGAGAGGACUGAGGAAUGGCUCGAGCCUUCCCACUCGCAGACUACAGCCAUGAACGGGGACAAGGAACCUCCUGCUGCGCUGUCUUCAGCCGUCGGGUUGGAUAUGAUCGACCUUGCUGGUAUUCUGGAGUCCAGUCAAUUGCUCUCGUCCGAGCUUGAUGUCGAUCGCUUGCUAUCAAAGCUCACAAACAUCAUCGUCGACUCGACGGGUGCAGAGCUGGUCGGUCUUGUUGUAGAGAACGAUCAAGGGGAAUGGUGUGUGGCAUCUGUGGGUACGCCGGAUAAUAUCGAGGCACCCGAGAUGGCCAUACCACUCGAGGAUGUCGAGGAUCCGGUGGCGAGACAAGUCACAAAGUACGUGCUGCGCUUCAAAGAACAGGUCUUCCUGCGGCAAGUGCUAGACGACGAGAGGUUUUCGAACGUGCCGGAUUCAUGGCUCGAGCAGAACCCUGAUGGAGCAAGCAUGAUCUCGAUACCCAUCUUGCACGGAGAGAACGUACUUCUUGGCAGUCUCUAUUGCCAGGCUCAGCCGAACACCUUCACGGAACGCACAGUAACUCUGCUAAAACUGCUUGUCAACCAGAUCGCCAUAUCGAUCGCCAAUGCGCUUCUCUUCAAGCGAUCCGAGAGAGUGCAGGCUAGUAAUGCAAGCAUGCUCAUCGUUCAGAAGCAAGCCCUGGCACAGGCGCAAGAGCAAGAGAAAAAAGCGAAAGCUGCUGAGGCAGAAGCGAAAGAAAUGGUUCGACUGAAGGAUGAAGCGGCAAAGGCGAAGUCAAUGUUCUUGGCUAACGUCUCGCAUGAGCUGCGGACGCCGCUCAACGGCGUUAUCGGCAUGUCUGAAAUGCUCAAAGCCACGGUCCUCACGAAAGAACAAGAAGAACAUGCCGACAGCAUUCGGGUGUGUGCGGAUACGCUGCUUAGUGUGAUCAACGACAUCCUAGACUUCUCGAAACUGGAGGCCGGAAAGAUGCAAGUAUUCAGUGUGCCACUCAGCCUGACAGAGACCAUUUCUGAAGUCGUGAGGGCCCUCUCCUAUACAAACAUUGAGAGGAACCUUGUGACGAAGACGGAAUUAGACAUUGACAAGGACCUGGUCGUCAUGGGUGAUCCGGUCAGACUGCAUCAGAUCCUGAUGAACUUGAUGUCCAACGCUUACAAGUUCACGGCGCGAGGCAGUGUGACUGUACGCGCAAAGGUCGAUUGGGAAGACGAAAACUACAUCAAGGUCACCACCUCAGUCACUGAUACUGGCAUUGGAAUCUCACAGGAGCAGCAGAAGAAGCUAUUCUUGCCCUUCUCUCAGGCCGACUCUAGCACAGCACGAAGUUACGGCGGCACUGGUCUUGGCUUAUCCAUCUGCAAGGCAAUCCUCGAGAACGUCAUGAAGGGACAAAUCUGGCUGGAGAGCACUCCAGACGUAGGGACGACUGUCUCGUUCAGCCUUACUUUCAAGAAAGUCCACGCAUCCGAGCUUAACGAGCACACUGGCACGACUCCGCACGGAAGAGAGGCGGACCCUAUGGCCAUUUUCACACCGCCUGCUGUGGAUGAUGGACCAGGGGCUCGUGCUGUAGUCAGCCUGCAAGGCAUUCCUCGUGAUCAGCUCAAAGUCUGCAUCGCAGAGGACAAUCUGAUCAAUCAGCGUAUUGCUAUCAACUUUGUGAAGAAGCUUGGCUUCAAUUGCGAAGCGUACGGGGACGGACAGCAGGCUGUGGAUGCAUUGGCACGAGCUUCAGCGGACGGCAAUCCAUUCCACUUGGUCCUCAUGGAUGUUCAGAUGCCCGUUCUAGAUGGCUACAAUGCGACACGGGAGAUCCGUAAGCACGAAGACCCGCGCGUGAGAGACAUACUGGUCAUCGCAAUGACGGCUUCUGCUAUCCGUGGAGAUCGGGAAAAGUGCCUUGAAGCAGGCAUGAACAACUACCUCGCCAAGCCUGUACGUGCAGAUACCUUGAAGCAGAUGCUGGAGAGCUACCUCCAUCAGCCCGCCAAGUCGAUUCCAAACCUCCAAGACGAGGCGAACAAGCUUGUGUCGACUGUUGAGGACGAGGAGGCCAGGCGCGAAGACCAAACUGCCAAAGAGAACAUUGAUUUCCGAAACGAGGCACACAAGAACGGUGUCGUAGCUGGGGUUGGGCUCGCCGGAAGCCUCAAGGACCCACCAGAGAGACCGCGUAGUGCUCAGCGUGGAAGCACAGUCGUCCAUCUCACCCCAGAGGAAAUGGCAAAGAAGCCCAAAGCCCAGACGCAAAUGCGAGAUCAGUUGAAGGUUGUCGAGCAGCAAAUCCGCGAACUGCAAAACCGGCCUUCGAGAGCUGCUGCCCGUCCUGGACUUGGAGGACGUUCCAAUACCGGGAGUAGUACUGGGAGUCCAGGCGCCCCACUCGCACGAUCUGUCUCUGGCAGUUCCGCGGCUGGCAGUAGUGUCCCUUCUGUGACUUCCGUCCCAGCAGGCUUUGCAGCGCCUCCGAGGAGCACGCCUUUACGUGCAGCAGAUUUCGACCAGAGCGGGGACGAGUCGAGGCAGGAGGGAAGUAAUGAUGAACGCGAUGACUGAAAUGAUGAACUGUUUUUACCGCAACGAAUCCAGACGACGUUUUGCGAAGGUUUAUAUUAGCGACAGGAACUGGUAGGAUUUUUUUCGCUGUACUUUGUUGUUGGUCUCUGUGUCUCGAUGAAAGAUUUCCUCGGGCAUCACAGAACCUGCUUCGCUGUAUUUAUGUUGCUGCGGCGGUACGUCUUCUUGAGGCGAGAUAGAUUAGCUUCUUGCAAGACUUGUUGAUACACCUGCCCGGCCCAGCCUGCAAGAGAAGGCUGCCGCUGACGCCUAGUUCUCGGUUCCACAACAGCGGUAUGGCCAUAUAUCCCGGCCCCACUAUCUGCAAGGCACAAAUUUUACAUCACCUCACCCC